GCAAAAAGGAGAAGAAGAAACACGGAAACAUACGGAAUUCAGUUGAAACGGAAUGGGCAUGCUAUCCCUCUGUGACCGUCUGCUGAGAAAGUGAUUGCUAGACCCUCUCUGUCUCAGAUUCUUUUAAGAAGGUAAAAAAAUGGAUGACAGUGAAUUAUUUGAGGACAUGGCCACGCCGUCAGGCUCCUCUGAUGGGGAUGCACCUGCUAGUGGAGGGAGUGAGUAUCCAGAAGAUGAAGAAGAUGACGGACUGUAUUACAUUCCACCGAGAAGACCAUCUCUGGAUUUAGGGCCAGAUCCUAUGGACACCAGUGAAUGGCAUUACGUGGAUCAGGCCUUGUCUCCAGCGCUGAGUUACCACUCAAUGUCAAGUGACUAUAUAGAAUGUUCCGCUGAAAUGGCUGAUGAAAAUGGAUUUUCCACAAGUGUCCACCUGGAGAGAUUAGAUUCAUAUUCUAGCUCCUACUCCCUGGACAGUGACGACUGUGAAAAGAGAACACAGAAGGUCCAAGACAAAGACGAUACUGCCUCAGAGACUUUUAUAUUACCAGAGCUAAUCGAAGACUUCAGUGAGCCAGUCCAUCCAUCUCUCACAGUAGCAUUCGUUUUUAAGGCUAUUUGCAAAGUCCUUGGGAGGCUGAAAGACCUGGAAUUUAAAAGAUUCAAGAAGAUCCUUUGGCAACGUUACCCACAAACAUUCAACACUCCUUUCGAAAGCAUGGACAUGGUGGAUGUUGUAGACCGAGUCCUUGAGUGUUACAGCCUGAGAGUGUCUAUACAAAUCGUGAGGUGUGCAUUGGUGGAUAUCGAAGUAUACAGGAUGGUUGAUUUUCUGGACACCUUGUGCAUCCACAAUGAAGUCCGUCAUGAUUUAUGUCAGACUCUUAAGGAGAAGUACAACACCGUAUGUAUUGAUUUGAACCCGGAAGGAGAGAAGAGGCCCCUCGACGAUGUCUACACUAAUCUCUACAUGACACGUGAAAAUAAUAAUGGUCCAAAUAUUGAACAUGAGGUCUUAACAAUAGGAAAGCUGAGUACCAACAAUGAGGGAGAGACACGAAUGUCCCCAGGGGAGAUCUUCGAUGAAGAAUGGGUGAAAGACAACUACGUUAGUAUCGCAUUGAUCAAUGGAGCUGCAGGGUCAGGGAAGUCGAUGGCAGUCAGGAGAUUAAUCUUGGAUUGGGCAGAAGGAAAGUCUCAUGAGCAUGUGACUUUUUUGUUUCCUUUGUUCGUUAGGGAUCUUAAAAAAUAUGAGGAUUCCGAAAUUUCUUUGGUUGAGAUAAUAGAAACUUUGUACCCAGAAACCAAAAAACUGAGAACCAGCGACUAUACCAGUAGUGAGUCCGUUAUGGUGAUUGUCAUAGAUGGUCUCGAUGAGCACUCUGGGAAAUUAGACUUUGAAAACACAGAGAUUAUGACUGACCUUGAAACUCCCAAAAAUCUGAAUGUGAUCCUUGUGAACAUCAUCAGAGGGAGGCUACUGUACCAUUCCAGAGUCUUGCUCACUUCUCGACCGCAGAUGAGGCCCGUCAUUCCUUGGGAUACACAUCACAUGGUGUUUGAGGUGCGUGGUUUCUGUGACCCUGAAAAGGACGAGUACUUUAAGAAGAAGAUUAAGGAUCCCAGCCAAGCAGCUCAAGUCAUUGAAUACGUCAAUUCUUCCAAAACCCUUCGUAUCAUGUGUCAUCUGCCAUUGUUUUGUUCACUGGUGGCAGAAGAGUGCCUGAGGAUAAAGACUGAACGGGGGCCGCAGGCAGAGCUGCCCACAAGCCUCACUUACAUGUACACAAAGCUGAUGCUACUGCUCAUGCGUCAACUCCGCAGAUUUAGAGCUCCAGAUUUGCCUCCCAAUGAAGAGUUGGAAUUCAUUAUGAGUCUUGGAAAGCUGGCCUUCAACCUGCUGGAAAAAGGCAAGUUCCGGAUUACCAAGAUUAGCUGGAAGGAUUGCAAAGGAAUUGAUAAGGAGGCGAUCACACGCACUGGCUUGUGUUACCAGUUUCUCAUAUCGCUACACGUCUUGUACCAUGAGGUCGCUGUUAGCUUUAUCCAUGCCACAAUGCAGGAGUACCUGGCUUCUCUGUAUGUGUUUCUCAGCUUCAGAAACCAGGGAAAGAACAUUUUUGAACAGCAACAGAAAGGCAAACUCUCACGGAUGUUGAGGUCCAAGAAUAUGGAAGUGUUCAAGAGCGCUGUGGAGAGAAGCCUGCUUUGUGAGGAUGGCAAGCUGGACUUUUUCUUGCGUUUCUUGUGUGGGAUGGCAAAUAAGAAAAACAUGGAACUCCUCCAAACAUUUUUCAUCCCCAGUGCAAAGUGGACAUCUGUCAUCGAAGAAACGGAUGCACACAUCAGGAAGAGGAUCGCUGAAAAUCAGUUUCCUGCCAGAAAUGACAACUUGAAGCACUGCCUGGUGGAGCUGGGUGUGCAGCAAGCAGCAUCCAUUUGAUCUUUACAACACUGAUCACUGUGCACAAAGUACAAAGUCAUAAAUCAAAGCUUCCACUGUCGGAGCGAGAAAUGGUGGCGAGGACAUGAUGCUGCUCUGAAGGAGAAACAUAUUUAUAGCCUCCUCUGCCUCGUACACGUUUUAGAAUGUUUUAGUACAAGCUUUAGAGAAUAUAGCAGCCAAACCUAAUCAGUCCAUAAAUUCUUCGCAUUUAGAGGUAAAUCAAAAUGGGGGUACAAAUUUGUUCUGGGUUUGUGUGUGUGUGUG